CAUGAAGGAACUGUAUAUCUUUAGACACCCCACAAAUCCAAACUGUCCUGUGGUGAUGCACUUCUGCCUCGUAAACUUGAAUUUUAGAAACUUCAAAGCACCAGCGAUUCUGCGACAAACAGACGAAGAAAAAGAGUUUGCCAGCUUUAAUCUGUUUGAUGACCCAAACUCUCCAUAUUCAACUUUUAACUUCAAAUAUACACACGAGCAAUUUGACAGACUUAAGAAACUUACCGAGUUCAACACGCUUCUACACAUCGAAGAUAUCAAAGAUGUCAUGAAAGAGUGUAUCGAAAAGAGGAGAAAUAAAACCCAAAAGGCACCCAUUCCAACCAAUAAAAUGAAGACAUUGAAAAUCAAAAGCCUUGACCAGAGGAGGCAGUUAAGGAAUUAUUUGUGCAGAUUUGAAAGCCUGCAUAAUAACGACAAUCCAGUUGUUGGUAGUCACGUGAUGGGCGCAGACGAUAGUCCAAUUAUGAUAAACAUAAUAGCACCGGACGAUGACAAUGCCCUACCAGAUGACCAAAUUGAGGAAGGCAAAAUUGGUGAAGCCAGUGGAAUUUCAUAUCCACCUAAACAGGCUGUCUUCAAUUUUGAUGAACCCGCACCAGAAAUAAGUAUCCAGCACCACUCAGACACUGACACAAACACCCCCUUCUCACUACCUACAUUGUCAUUGCAAACCUCUCCUUCACCCGGUCCUUUAAAAUUAAAUCUAGGAAAACCAGGCUUAACGUUGCCACAGGGGCCGAAAACCCCGCAAAUGCAUACGGCUAAUCCAUACUUAAUAGUUAGUGCACCAAGAUUCACCAAACGCAGGGGUAGUGCUGGGUUAGAUGAUGAAAAUGAACAAUUUACGACUGCUGCUAUUGACCUUGACCACACAGGCGCUCAGGACAAUCCAUUCUUUACGUUUAACGCACAAGAAGGUCUUCCAGAUGUAAAAGAGGAAUUAGAAGAUUGAGCUAGCUGCUAAACACCAUGCUGUUACCCUUACUUACAUCUUAGAAAAAUAUGAAUUGAUUAAUACUUAUAGUCAUAGUCUGAUAUUUGAAUAAAAUUAAAAUGACUUAAUGCAAGGCAAAAUUAAUCAAAUAAAACAAAUAGUGAAAUAAAAUUGUUAUAC